UUGGAUGAGAACCCAGGACUCUGUGAAUGCACAUUCGAAAGAAAAAAAAGAAGAAGAAAAAAACUUCUUGUAAACACCUAGUGCAUAAAUUAUUGCACUGAUAUGUAAGCAUGUUGGCAGGUGCUCAUUAUCGCAACACAUGGGAUGCAGUGUUUGCAGGACUCGGCUGAACUCGGGCAGAGCGCUGUCCAGAGUGCCGCUGUCUUUUACCAUGCUCUUGAUUUUUCUCUAUCUUUUUCACUGCUUGAGUGGAUUUUGCGACUCGGCACCAAAAAUCACGGUUGGACAAAAUCUGAUGAGAGACCACGUCCCGGGUAAAGUGCACGCAGUGCGCGCCGACCUCCGCUGGGACGGGACCGUUUCCGCGCACGUUAGCGCACUCUCGGAGCUUCAGGAGUCGGAAAACGGCGGCGGGGAAAGUGGAAUCCCUGUUUCAAACACGUAUGGAAGUAAGAGAUUUCCCCAGGCCAUCAUAAUUGGCGUGAAGAAAGGGGGAACCAGGGCGCUGCUGGAGUUUCUGCGCGUCCAUCCAGAUGUGCGCGCUGUGGGCGCCGAGCCGCACUUCUUCGAUAGAUUCUACCACAAGGGUCUCGAGUGGUACAGGAACUUGAUGCCAAGGACCCUUGAUGGCCAGAUCACAAUGGAAAAGACACCCAGCUACUUUGUCACUAAAGAAGCCCCUUCCCGUCUGUGUGCUAUGAACUGCGACACCAAACUCAUUGUGGUGGUGAGGGAUCCAGUGACCAGAGCCGUGUCUGAUUACACACAAACUCGGACAAAAAGCCCUGGACUUCAGUCCUUCCAGACACUAGUGUUCAAAAACUGCAGCUUGGGAGUCAUUGACACCUCAUGGAGUGCUGUGCGCAUUGGCAUGUACGCCCAGCACCUGGAAAACUGGCUCCAACAUUUCCCGCUCUCCAGCUUCUUGUUUGUAAGUGGGGAGAGACUAGUGAGUGACCCAGCUGGUGAGGUGGGACGAGUGCAAGACUUCCUGGGUCUCAAGCGUAUUGUCAGUGACAAGCACUUCUACUUCAACCAGACCAAGGGCUUCCCAUGUCUGAAGAAGCCAGAGGGCAGUAGUAGGCCACGUUGCCUGGGGAAAUCCAAGGGUAGGACUCACCCUCACAUUCCAACAGAUGUGCUUCAGAAGCUCAGGGAGUUUUACAGACCCUUGAACCAUAAGUUCUAUCAGAUGAGCGGCCUUGAUUUUGGCUGGGACUGAAGCUUUGAAUGGGGAGUUGGCUUAAAAAGGCAACUUAACAAAUGCCAUUUGCACAUUUCAGUACAUUUAUUUCAUUUACACACUUUUUAAAAUGGAGGAAGCAUGAAUUAAUAUAACCAGAGGCAGUCCUAGAUCAUCCCAUGGUAUUAGAAUGUUUAAUAAGUAUUCAACAGGUUUUAAUAUGUUCAUUAGGUCUUCUGGAUCCUAAUAUUAUGCAGU